GAUUUAAUAUGAGUAAGCUCGCGAAGUUUGCGGAAAAUAUGUUCUCUUUGGGCAAUUCUGUCAUUUUCCAAUUGUCGAUUGUUUUCUCUUUAAAGGUAACGGGUGAGUAUACGGGACAAUUCAUUUCAAUUUGUGGUCCAUGGCUAGCCAAAGCGGGACUUAUAAUAGCAAUAAGUGCAAAAAUUGUUAGCAAAUAAGGGCUAGAUAUCCUUAAUGGACUUGCAACUCGGCUUUCACUGAAUCUCACUUUUCUUGUGGGUGACCGGCUAUAAUUAUUUGGUGAAUUUUCUCUAUAAUUUUCGCGAUUUCUAUCAUUAUAUCUGCGGUUAUCUCUAUUAUAUUCAUUUCUAUAAUUAUUUCUGUU